AUGAAAAUCUACUUCGUGACUGGAAAUGAAAAUAAAAGGAAAGAGGUGGAGAGACUGAUAGGUGGAAGUGGUGUGGAGAUUUUGGCAAGAGCGGCGGACGUUCCUGAAUUUCAAGGAAAUAGUCGGUACAUCACUACGGAAAAGUGUCGGUGGGCAUUUGAGCACCUGCGUGACAGUAUAGAAGCAGGUAGCUACGUUAUGACCGAAGACACGUCGCUCGGCUUUGACGCAAUGGGAGGGUUGCCCGGUCCUUAUAUUCGGUGGUUCUUGGAGGAGUUGGGUAAUGAGGGUCUGACGAAGAUGCUGGUUGGAUUUGAGGACAAGGGAGCGGAGGCAAAGACGACAAUGUGUUUAAUGAACGGUUGUGAUGAGCCGUUGGUCGUCGAGGGUGUGUGUCACGGUCAGAUAGUGGAACCUCGAGGUCCGCGUACUUUCGGAUGGGACGCCAAUUUCCAGCCGGACAUCCAGGCUGACUCGGACAACAAGAAGACAUACGCAGAAAUGAGUGUAGAUGAAAAGGGUCGGAUAAGCCAUCGGGGGAACGCAAUGCAGGCUCUGAAAGUAAGCCUGUUACACACGCGCGAUUGUACACUCGCUAUACUCUUUUGUCUGGUGUAG